AUGACCCAUACUACUCUUUCUUCACAACGUCAUUCAACUGCCACUGUGCUUGAUGGGUGCGAGCCGAAUCGGAGCCGUUUCCGUAAUCCUUGCGUUCCACCCCCGGACGAGGUGUAUCCGGUAAACGGCCCUGCUAUAAAAUAUCGGUAUCUUGAAUAUUUGUACGUUAGAUGUGUUUUCAACUUCAUUUUUCGCAUUCAGUUUGAGCUGAAUGAUGAAAUCGAUGUCGAAUGGAGGAAGGAGAUCAUCAAAGCGGGUACUGAGUGCGAUCCCGUGUGGCUAGAUGGCAAUCAUCCCUUCGCGAUUCUUCCCGGAAUGGAACCCAGUUUGAGUUUACGCACCGUAACCACGAAGCAAUUAUUGAUAGCUGCUCAAGAACUCGGAUCGCUGGUGACAACCGACUGUCUGUCGCUACCUCAUCCUCAGACAUCACUCGGAUUGGUCGGAUGUGUAGCAGUAUGGCUGUCUGGGAAGACUCUUUCAACGGUGCUGCGCGACGAGAACAUGGAUAAGAAGGUAGAAGUGUCGAAGGCAGCUCAUAACCUCCAGAUCCAUCACGCCUGCCCGCAUUUCCAUCAACCAAAGUUUGAAGCUCAAAUCAUUGAUUCCUCGAAAUGCGAACUACCCGAUAUUGGCGCCCUUGUAGUGCCAACGCUAACGAGGAUCAUUACAACUCCAGGAAACAGGCGCAAUAUUGCUGGGAUGUUCCCGAAUGUCGAGAUCCUGGAAUGGGACGUGGAAAGAUUCCUACAGCAGGAUGUUUGA